AUGCCGGUCCCUCGGGCGCCGGCUCCGGGCAUCCUUGGGCCCCGCCCGGCGGGUCACCAGGCCCUCUUCGCCGCGCAGACCGCCGCUCCCUACAGCGGCUAUGGUACCGCGCCCCCGCCGGCGCCCACCUACGGGUCCGCGCCGGCCUAUGGCGCCGCCGCCGCGCCGGCCUAUGGGACCGCGCCCUCCUACGGCGCCGUCGCCGCUCCGGCCUUCGGGGCUGCUCCCGCGCCGGCCUACGGAGGGUUCUACCCUCCUCAGGCGCCGCCCCCGACGCCCUUUGGUCGUCCUAUUCUCGCCUUGCAAACUGACAACGGCAAGGAGUUUGACAACGUCGCCGUCCGCAAUUUACUUGCGUCCCACGGCACCAUCUUUCGCCUCACCUGCCCCUACACGUCUCAGCAGAAUGGUCGCGCCGAGCGCGUCCUUCGCACGCUUAAUGACUGUGUCCGCACGUUGCUCUUCCACUCCUACGUGCCUCCUCGGUUCUGGCCGGACGCGCUCGCGACCGCCAGCCUCCUCAUUAACAUUCGCCCUUGUCGUUCCCGCUGGAACUACACCCCUCACCAGCUCCUCUUCGGUGCGGUACCGUCCCCUUCGGAGUCUCCUGUGGCGCGGUUCGUCCCUGCCUCCCCCUCUGGCGGACCGCCCAGCCGCGCCCCGGGUCCGGCUCUGCCCGCGCUCCCCGCGCCGGCGGCCCCUGGCGCUGCGGCCCCUGCCGCGGCGCCCGACGCAGCGGCCUCCUCGGCCGCCCCCAUCGCCGUGGCCCCCUCGGCCGGCCCCGCCACGGCCCCCGCCGUGGCCCCCGUCGCCGCGACUCCCUUGGCGGCUCCCGUCGCCACGGCCGCACCCCUCAUCGGUGUGGUCACUCGGGCUCGGAUUGGGACCCUGCGUCCCAGCACGCGCUACUCGUCGGACGAGUACGCCCCGCGGCUUCUACCUCGACGCCGUCACCGCUCCCCACCUCCGCUCGCGCAGCCCUUCGGGAUCCGAACUGGCUAA